CCAUCCCGCAACAUAGAAUAAAGAACCGACUUAUGAAGCCCAAACACACGGCUGCACGCACACAUCACAACACUUCAAGCGAGACGCCAUGCUGCUACGCUGCUACUGUUGCCGGAUUAAAACUGACUACUGUCACCAAGUCUAGCAAGCGUCUCAGGAGCUGGCAACCUCGGCGCGUAGCAACAUGGCGGCGCUCUUGAGGUUCCCGAUUUUAAUGCAUGGGCCCUAUGGGUAGCUUGUCCUCUAGAGUCAGUAUAGUAACUCUAUGGCGCAAUGCUUCGAUGGAAGCGUCCAUUUCUACCUUGAGGGGUGGCAGGCGCGGGACGCAGGCGGCAAAGCAGAGGGCGACUAUAGCUUCGCGCCCUGCCAUAACGCUGCCGCGAGCUGCCGACGCUGGCAGAGAUACAAAGUAUGGAAUCGUGUCGCAUUUUUUAAGUUUUAGUGACCCCGUUCUGACCCGACUUGGUUUAGUUACAGCAGUGGUGCAGCAGGCAAGCUUUGUUCGGUGUCAAGUAUGAGCGCGUCCAAGUGUACUUUCGUCCAGGACUGGACGAAUCCGAAACAUUGUGAGUUUGCCACAUGGGUUAGGCCCGUAGAAAAUAACGCGAACGCGGCGUACUGUACGCUAUGCAGAAAGCAGCUUUCGCUGAGCAACAUGGGAAGAAGAGUGCUGACAAGUCACUCUGUAAGUAAGAAGCACCGACUUGCUGCAAACGGAGCCAGGACACCUUCUGUAGCUUCGUUUCUUACGCCGCCAGCAAGUGAACCGUCGGGCGCUGUUGUGACCAAAGCUGGGCCAGUGGCGUCAGGUUCUGCGCCGCCUUCAUCUUCUUCAACCACAGCUACGGACAUUCAACCCGAGCGUGCGGCAAAGGAUAUUUUUCAACGUGGCACAGAAGUGAUAAAUGCUGAGGUGAUGUGGUGUCUCAAUGCUAUCAUGACGCACACAUCAUUCCGUGCUGCCGCGGCAUCGGCUUCUCUGUUCCCGUUGAUGUUCCCAUCAUCAGCUACUGCCAAGAAAGUGCAGCUUGGCAAAGAUAAGGUGGGAUAUACUAUUGUCUAUGGCCUCGCACCUUUCUUUAGAGAGAGCCUCGUGUCGGAAUUGAACCAAGCCUCCUACCUCGUCUUAGCGUUUGACGAAUCGUUAAACAAAGUUGCACAGAAGGAGCAAAUGGACGUGUUGGUUCGCUUUUGGUCGGAUGCAGAGGGAAGCGUGAAAACACGCUACCUGACGUCAUGCUUUCUUGAGCGCACGCGAGCUGAAGAAUUGGUGUCCGCAUUUAAAAGUGCCACUGAUGGACUCUCACGUUCGAAAAUUCUUCAGAUAUCAAUGGACGGGCCAAACGUCAACAUGAAGUUUCUCCGUGAGAUCAAGCAAGAACUGUGUGAAUCCAAUGACGGCCGCCAAAUUCUCGACGUUGGAAGCUGUGGCCUUCAUGUGGUGAACGGCGCGUUCAAAACCGGACACGCGUCAACAGGAUGGCAACUUGUGGAAUUUCUCCGGGCUAUUUUGCUGCCCGACCACAGCUCUACAGUGUCAAUAAGAAGCAAUUCGCGCAUCGUUUCUUAUGUGACUGGCUAUGUUGCCCGUAAGAUGCUGAAAAAGAGCAAGUGCGAAGAGUGUGCGAAAGAUUUGCUACGAGACACCCGCGAAGAACUUCUUGAGGAGGCACGCCUCACAAAGCAUGUUGACAGGGGCGGCCUGCUCUACCCAUCCCGCGGGCUUGUGCAAUGA